AUGUCACAAUCAAAGCUGCAAAUUCCAAAAAUCGGGAGUGAAUUCCCAACGGUAGAGCAAUUCAAAGAAGCCGCUCAACAAGGUGCUAAGGCAUUAGGCUUUGCUUUCAGCACAUCAUCAUCAAAAAUGUCGCGUGUUGAAAAAGAUGGUCGCACUCCUUUUGUUACCCUACAAUGUGUAAUGGGUGGAAAAUACAGAAAUAAUCACGAAAUUACUGAAAAAACUAGAAAAAGAAAAAAAUUCACCAAACGUCAAAAUUGUUCUGUUAUUUUAAGAGCUACUUUAAAUGAAAAUACUGGUGUCUGGGUACAUAACCACGAACUUCUCCCUUCAUCACAAGUUCAUUGCCUCCAUCAACAUAGGAUUAUUAACAAAGAACAAAAGGAGCUGGUUCACACUAUGCUUAGAAUACCUUUAUUGUCUUCUUCGCCGCUGUCAAUUGAUAAAGCAAUUAGCAAGGCUUUAUACAAACUAGAAGAAAAAUAUGAAAGCCUAAGUGAUUGCGGAUCAAAAGCAACAUUUUUGCAUAAAAUUGAAGCUUUAGCUUCUGAGGAAAUAAUAGUUCCAAAGGCACCAUUACGUGUUGUAUCUAAAGGGCGACCAACAUCCACUAAACGAGAUCUCCUUUUAAGUGAGCGUCAAAAUGAAGCUGCUGCAAUCAAAGACAAAAAUAUAAAAAAACCAGUGCCAAAACGUAUUUUGAGUGAGUGCCAAAAUGAAGCUGUUACAACAAAGGAGAGAAAUACAAAAAAAGCAAUGCUACAACUUAUAAAAG